GAUCAGAAAAGAGCAUAGAACAUGUAUAGACAUCCUGGAGACUGGAAGCUGCUGGCAAAUGAGCAUCAAGGAGAAUUCCGUGCAAUCCACACACCUUCCUCAGAUAACUGACCUAGGACGAUCUCUACAAUCUGAAGCUCAAUCUCAUCUCUCCUCUUACAAAGGAGCCCGAUGUCCCUUAUUAUCCGAUCUGCCUCCGUGUAGAUGCCAAUGCAUACACUAGAUAUCCCACCUGCCUCUCCUUGUGUGAUGCAUUUCAGGAGAGCUAAGAUCCCUCAUUUAACAUGGGAAAUAAGCAAACCAUAUUUACUGACGAACAGCUAGAUGCUUACCAGGAUUGUACUUUCUUCACGAGGAAAGAAAUCCUUCGGUUACACGCGAGGUUUUAUGAUCUGGCUCCUAAUAUUGUGCCUAUGGAUUAUACAGAUGAUCCAGAUGUCAAACUGCCCAUACAGCUUAUCAUUAGUAUGCCUGAGCUUAUGGAAAAUCCUUUCAAGGAGAGAAUUGUGCAAGCAUUCUCAGAAGAUGGAGAGGGCAAUCUCAGCUUCAAUGAUUUUGUGGAUAUGUUCUCUGUGAUGAGUGAGAUGGCUCCUCGUGAGCUGAAAGCAAUCUAUGCCUUUAAGAUCUAUGAUUUCAAUACAGAUAAUUUUAUUUGUAAGUCUGAUCUGGAGAAAACUCUCAACAAGCUGACACGGGAAGAAUUGGAAGAGGAGGAGGUGACAUUGGUAUGUGAGAAGGUUAUUGAGGAGGCUGACAUGGAUGGUGAUGGCAAAUUAGCAUUUGCAGACUUUGAGAAUAUGAUUUCGAAAGCUCCAGAUUUUUUAAGUACUUUCCAUAUAAGAAUAUGAAGAUGAAGCUGCCCUUUUCUCUGGUUCAGGACAAAUGGAUCUCAGGCUUCCAAGGGACCCAGUCUUUCCAACUUGCAAAAAAAAAAACUGUGUCCACCUCACUCCA